ACUGCAAAACAGCUGAAACCCUGAGUGUGUUUAAAUCUGACACCAGCUGGUUCAUUUCACCUGCUGCAACGUUUCAUGUUUUCAUAAAGCAUCGACUUCUCUUUCAUCGUUUAUACCGUAUCUUGAUUGUCUUCAUGUCUGGAAAUCUUUUAGCUUUAAGUGAUUAUAGCUUUGACAGCAGAUUGUUAAAAAAAACUUGAUUUGAUUUGAAAAUACAUUCAUCCCUUUUUCUUUGUCAGAAAUAUACAGAACUGUCAAAUAAUUCCUGUUCAUUAAUGCAGACACAUCUCAUUAUUCAAUUAAAACCUAACCGUUAAAGCUAACCGUUAGAGCUAACAAUGAAAGCUAACCAUUAACGCUAACAAUGAAAGCUAACCAUGAAAGCUAACAAUGAAAGCUAACCAUUAAAGCUAACAAUGAAAGCUAACAAUGAAAGCUAACAAUGAAAGCUAACCGUUAGAGCUAACCAUGAAAGCUAACAAUGAAAGCUAACCAUUAAAGCUAACAAUGAAAGCUAACCGUUAGAGCUAACCAUGAAAGCUAACCAUUAAAGCUAGCAAGAGCCUCGCCGUUUGGGUUUUGGGGUUUCAUGGUUUGGGGGUUUGGGUGGAUGUUGCUGCUCAUGUCGACAUUAAGCUUUUUAUUUCUUGUAUCUUUCUUGUUAUAAUCUUCUGAUUGGUUUGUUUUAGUUCUGGUCUCACGUCAGCGCAUCUGGUUCUGACUCUUCAAGCCGGACAGAACCGAGCCUGGACCCGUUGCUCUGCUGGACCGGUUCUGUUGCUGAAGUUCUAGUAAAAUUCCUCUCAUUUAGCCAACUGGGAAUAAUAACUAAUAACAGCUUUUUAUACGGCUGAAGAUCUCAAGUUAACUCAUGUCAGUAAUGUUUAACAGGGCGACGCCCCCAGCUGGUCAUGUGACCUCUUCCUGUUGAUGGGCUUUAAAUCAGCUUCACUUCCUCCAGACAGAAACGCAGCGACUCAACCGCCUCAGCCACAAGAAGCUGCUGUUGGAGCCACCGAGGAUUGUGGGAGUUGUAGUGCAGAUUUUUCUUCUUCUUGUGUUUGGUGACCGCAGCAGGAUGUUGGGCAUGCUGCUGCUCUGCUGCGCCUCCUCCAGUCUGCUGCAGCCGGCCGCCUCCCUGGUCCACGGAGGAAUCCGGCUGGACGACGGCCCAGCGGCCGCCGUCCGCCCCGACGCCGCCUACCUGGCUGACAUCGAUAGAGGCCACGCCCCCAGCCCUCUUCAAGAUGGCGGUCUCCUUCCUGUGGACUCAGAGGAAGACCGCUUGCUGAUGGAAGUGGGCUCCAACAAUGAGGACUCGUCUGCGCUGCAGCAGCAAGGCAGAGCCGUGCGUUCGCCUCGCCGCUGCAUCCCUCACCAGCAGUUCUGUCUGGGUUACUCACUGCCCUGCUGCGACCCCUGUGACACCUGCUACUGCCGCUUCUACAACGCCAUCUGCUACUGCCGAGGGAAAUAG